AUUUCCGGUGAAACAAGCCCUAAUUUUCCUUCAAAGGGAGCGCUUUUUAGUCCCCACCUCCUCCAAUGGACAGCAGGAAUUAGGGUUAGGGUCUUGAUUUUGGAUCGGAGGCACCUCCAUUACGCCCUGCCCCUCUUCAUAUAGAAGCUUUAUCCCGCAACUUUUGUUCAAAGAUUGCAGCUUUUUGGUCUUAUUGCGGAUUCCAAGAUUGUUUCAAGUGCUUUGCCUUUGGAAAUUUGCAUUUUUGGGUUGGAGAUUGGAGGGAUUCGAGGAAAGAUUUGGUUUUGAUGAUGUUGAUUGAGGAAUUUUGGGUUUUCCUGUUAGUUCUGUGAAUUAGGGGUUUUAGAGUCACGAUGUCAGCUGCCAUGGUUGCUCCGAUGGUAGCUCGGAGCUCGCUGGAGGUUAUGCUUGACAUCCUCCGGCAGAGAGAUGAACAGCCGCAGGAUGCACCACCGCCUUUGCCCGUUCGUCCCACCUCGAGAGGCCGGCUUCCCUCAUCGAGAAGGUCCCUGCCCGUCAAUUUUAAGCUGGAAACUGGUGCACCCAAAAUCUUGUUGAAGGACUCUGUGAGGAAGGAAGAGAGGUUAGAUCACCAGCCCUCUAAGGAAGAUAAGGAGGUGCUGUUUAAAAGUGGGAUUUUUGGAAACAAAAGGAUAUUGCAUGUCAAACGGCCAGAAGAAUCUCCAUAUGCUAAGAUGCCAGAGUUAGAGAGCUGCGAGGAAAGAACAGAUGAAGCUGAUAGUCUAGACUCUCCUGCUGCACCCUUGCCUUCAGCAGCUUCACUGGAAGAGAAUUUAGGGUGGCGUGAUACUAUUGAUUAUGCCCUAAAGAAGAAAAUACGGGUUUGGUGCUGGUUUCCAGAUGCCAAGUGGGAGUUAGGGAAGAUACAGUCAGUUUCUGGAGAUGAUUCUAAUAUCCUGCUGUCUGAUGGCAAAGUUCUGAGAGUGUCUGUAGAAAAUCUCUUACCAGCAAAUCCAGACAUUCUUGAUGGUGUGGAUGAUCUUAUACGGCUUAGUUACUUAAAUGAGCCCUCAGUUCUUCACAAUCUUGAGUACAGAUGUUCUCGUGAUUUGGUUUAUACCAAAGCUGGGCCUGUUUUGGUCGCACUCAACCCCUUUAAAAAGGUCCCUCUAUAUGGAAAUGAUUUUGUUGCAGCUUAUAGGCAGAAACUUAUGGACAGUCCCCAUGUCUAUGCAACGGCAGACACUGCCUACAAUGAAAUGAUGAGAGAUGGAGUCAAUCAAUCUAUCAUCAUAAGCAGUGGUGAAAGUGGAGCUGGAAAAACAGAAACAGCAAAAAUUGCGAUGCAAUACCUUGCUGCUCUUGGGGGUGGCAGUGGGAUAGAGUAUGAGGUUCUGCAGACUAACACAAUACUGGAAUCAUUUGGAAAUGCAAAAACUUUGAGAAAUGACAAUUCUAGCCGAUUUGGGAAGCUGAUUGAAUUAAAUUUUAGUUCUGCUGGAAAAAUUUGGGGUGCCAAGAUCCAAACUUUUCUUCUUGAAAAGUCAAGGGUGGUUCAGAGAGCAACAGGCGAAAGAUCAUUCCAUGUUUUCUAUCAACUUUGUGCAGGAGCUCCUCCCGAUCUUCAAGAGCACUUGAACCUAAAAGCAGCCAGUGAAUAUGAAUAUUUAAAGCAAAGUGAUUGCUUGAGAAUUGAUGAUGUUGAUGAUGCUCAAAGAUUUCAAAUAUUGAUGCAAGCCUUGGAUACUGUUAAAAUUCCUAAGGAAGAUCAAGAGAUUGCAUUUGCUAUGCUUGCAGCCAUAUUAUGGCUGGGUAACAUUGACUUCUCAGUAAUUGAUAAUGAAAACCAUGUGGAAGUUGUUUUGAGUGAAGGUGUAACAAAUGCAGCAAAUUUGUUGGGCUGCAAUGUUCCUGAUGUGAUGCUAGCUUUAUCAACUCAUAAAAUUCAAGACGGAAAUGAUGAUCUUGUUCAAAAGCUUACAUUACCACAGGCCAUUGACACCAGGGAUGCAUUGGCAAAAUCAAUAUACGCGAGCUUGUUCGACUGGCUUGUAGAACAAAUUAACAAGUCAUUCCAAAUGGAAAAAUGUCAUACUGGGAGAUCCAUAAGUAUUUUAGAUAUUUAUGGGUUUGAAUCCUUUCACAAGAACAAUUUUGAACAAUUUUGCAUAAACUAUGCUAAUGAGAGACUACAGCAGCACUUCAAUCGACAUUUGUUCAAACUCGCACAGGAGGAGUAUAUAGAAGAUGGAAUUGACUGGACGACUGUUGAUUUUGUCGAUAACACUGACUGUCUAAAUCUAUUUGAGAAGAAACCCCUCGGUCUAUUGUCUUUGUUGGAUGAAGAGUCAAAUUUCCCUGAAGCAACAGAUCUUACCUUUGCCAACAAGCUCAAGCAGCACUUGAGUGGUAGCCCCUGCUUUAAGGGGGAAAGGGGUGGCGCUUUCAGUAUUUGUCAUUAUGCUGGAGAGGUUAUGUAUGACACAAGUGGCUUCUUGGAGAAAAAUAGAGAUCCAUUACAUUUGGAUAUUAUCCAGUUGCUUUUAUCGUGCUCCUGUCAACUUCCUCAGCUAUUUGCCUCAAAUAUACUUAGUCAAUCUCAGAAGGAAUCAAAUCCUUUGAGACAACCAAGUAAGGUUGAUUCGCAAAAGCAAAGUGUCGGGACAAAAUUUAAGGGUCAAUUAUUCAAGCUGAUGCAGCGGUUGGAGAAUACUGCACCUCACUUUAUUCAAUGCAUUAAGCCAAACAAUAAUAAACUUCCUGGCAUGUAUCAACAUGAUCUUGUCUUAGAACAACUUAGAUGCUGUGGAGUACUGGAAGUUGUCCGGAUAUCAAGGUCAGGUUAUCCAACUAGAAUGACACACCAGCAAUUUGCUGAAAGGUACGGCUUUCUUCUCUUAGAGAAUCUAGCAUCCCAGGAUCCACUCAGUGUUUCAGUUGGCCUUCUACAACAGUUCAAUGUCCCACCUGAGCUGUAUCAAGUUGGCUACACAAAGAUAUUUUUUCGCACAGGGCAGGUUGCUGCAUUGGAAGAUGCUAGAAACCACACUCUGCAAGGGAUUCUUUGGGUUCAGAAAAAUUUCCGCGGUCAUCAAGCCUGUCGUUAUUUCCAGGCACUCAAGAAAGGAGUUACUACACUGCAAUCAUUUGUCCGAGGUGAAAAGGCAAGGUCUGAAUUCAAAGUUCUAAUAAAGAGAUGGAGGGCGGCUGUUCUCAUACAAAAGCAUGUGAGGCGUCGGAUUGCAAGGACAAUGUUUGAUGACCAGCAGAAGGAUAUUAUACUUCUGCAGUCUGCUAUUCGUGGGUGGUUGGCAAGGAAUCAUUUGGCUGUUACAAAAAACAGGAAGAUGUCAAAGUUCGAUCAUGUGAAAGCUAACAGUGAUCCUGACAAGAAUCUUCCAGAAAUGAAGGGUACCAACAAAGAGCAAUCUCAGGUGCACCCUUCAGUUUUGGCUGACUUACAGAGGCGGGUGCUGAAGGCAGAGGCAGCUUGGAGAGAAAAGGAAGAAGAAAAUGCCAUCUUAAAACAGCAACUUCAACAUUAUGAGAUGAGAUGGUCAGAAUAUGAGGCAAAAAUGAAGUCUAUGGAAGAGACAUGGAAGAAACAACUGACUUCUUUGCAGGUGAGUCUAGCUGCAGCCAAGAAGAGUCUCACUGCUGAUGAUAUCGCAAGUCAACAGGGAAGGCUUGACAUAUCACCACUUCAAUACUCUUUUGACUCUGAAGAUACCAUGUUUGCUGGGACUCACACGCCUGAAGGCACUCCAGCUAAACCAUCCCAUGCUUCUGAUGCUGGACUUGUAAGAAAUUCUGAUGGCACCCAGAGUGCAGCUAGCCACCUUGAUGCUUCCGAUGCUGGAUUCACAAGAAAUUCUAAUGGCACUCAGAGUGCAGUUAGCCACCUUGUAAAGGAGUUUGAGCAGCAGAGACAGGUCUUUGAGGAUGAUGCGGGGUUCCUUCUUGAGGUGAAGUCGGGGCAGUCAGGUUCCAGCAGAAACCCAGAUGAAGAGCUUCACAAAUUGAAGGCCCGGUUUGUAACUUGGAAGAAGGAUUUUAAGGUUCGGUUAAGAGAGACAAAAAUUGCACUUCGUAAGCUUGGUAAUCCUGAAGAGAGAACACGCAAGAGAUGGUGGGGCAAUUGGAGCACAAAAUGAUGAUGAAAAUUUUUCUUUAACAAAUGGCUUUUUCAAGUAUGGCAGGCAUUUCCUCAAUGCUGAUGCAUGAAAUCAGGGAUGAAAUUUUGCGCAAAAAGCUGAAGAGAUGUUCUAUCCUAUCUCUGGGUGAAGUGGGAUUUAAGCCUAUUCCCAGUAAUGCUGUUUACAUGCUUUGUUGCAUUACCCUCUGUGCCUAUGGUGCAUAAGAGGCUUGUAUAUCUUCCAUUUUUUUUUGUAAUUAUGGGGAGUAGUUAAGAACCUGGAGCUUAAGAGAGAGAUGAGGAUGCGAGAGGGGGAGAAAUUAAAAUGUAUAGUUUGUUGUAUUUUAUUUAAUACCAAAAUGCAGAAUUUAGAUUUUUGGGCAUUGAAAAAAAAAAUCUUAUGUUACAUUGUCACUCCUCAGAACGACAAUGUAAGCAUAAAAUGACAAUUUUGAAAGGAAAGAAAUUUGAAUGGUAUACUU